AUGACAGACGGCGCAAAACUGGCUUCAUCCCUGCGAGGAACGCAAGUUGUGGCAGAAAUCAACCCGGAAACGGGCUACAUCACCAACAUUGACGAUAUCAGAGACGCGGAAUAUCCUCAACUGAAAGACACGACUUACCUCGAUCACGCGGGGACCACGCUAUAUGCAAAAUCCCUGAUUCAAAGAUACUCCGAAGAGCUCACGGGGAACCUAUUUGGCAAUCCUCACUCUGCGUCAGCGUCUUCGCAACUGUCCUCUCGUCGAAUUGAUGACGCUCGUCUUAAAGUCUUGCGGUUCUUCAAUGCUGACCCCAACAAGUUCGACCUGAUUUUCGUCCCCAAUGCGACAGCAGCCAUCAAGCUCGUUGGAGAUGCCUUUCGAGACUACGCAUCUGGGUUCAGAUAUUAUUAUCAUGUCGAAGCUCAUACGAGCCUUGUUGGAGUGAGAGAAUUGGCGACGAGGGACACAACCUGUUUUGCCAGCGACAGAGAGGUGGAUGCAUGGCUGGACGUUCUGGAUAAUCAACCCUCUGCCAUUCAAGGAGAUUUGUCCCUUUUUGCCUAUCCUGCUCAAUCAAACAUGACCGGGCGACGGCUGCCACUGGAAUGGAUCCAGAGGAUACGUGGCGCCACGCAGCCUUCUGGCCACCCCAUUUAUACCCUCCUCGACGCUGCCGCCCUGGUAUCAACCGCUCCGCUCGACCUUUCGGACGACUCAGCCGCGCCCGACUUCACAGCCUUGAGCUUCUACAAGAUCUUCGGGUUUCCCGAUCUGGGAGCUCUAAUAGUCCGGAAGGCCUCGGGUGAUGUUCUCCGCCAGCGGAAUUAUUUUGGCGGGGGAACGGUAGACUCGGUAGCUGUGCUGGGUGAUAGCUGGCACGCGAAGAAAACCCCGUCGUUGCACAGUAGCCUCGAGGAUGGGACUGUGGCAUUUCACAGCAUCAUUGCACUGCAGACAGCCCUGCAUGUGCACAGGAGUCUGUAUGGGUCCAUGGAUAACGUUUCGAAACACGCAAAUUUCCUGGCCUCAGCACUGCGAGAUCAGCUGCGCAGCCUUCGCCAUGCCAAUGGGAGCAGGAUCUGCAUUAUCUAUCCUGACGCACUUACGGAUUCUCCCACCCAGGGACCAAAUAUCGCAUUCAACCUGAGAGACAGCCACGGCCGAUAUAUAAGUAAUGCCGAGGUCGAGAAACUUGGAAUCGUCAAGGGUAUACAGUUCAGGACUGGGGGUGUUUGCAAUCCUGGCGGCGUCGCGCGCGACCUGGGGCUCUCUACGGAGGAGUUGCGACAGAAUUAUGCGCAAGGUCAACGGUGCGGAGAUGACAACGACAUUAUCAACGGGAGACCAACGGGUAUAAUCCGGCUGAGUCUGGGUGCAAUGAGCAACAUGAAGGAUGUGGCGACCUUCCUCGAGUUUAUCAAAGAGUUCUACAUGGACCGCGACGGACCGAUGCAGACGGAAACGCAUCCACCGGUAAUCGGAUCAACCUUGAGGCCACAAAGUUUCGUGGUAGAGAGCCUGUCGGUCUUCCCAAUCAAAAGUUGCGCAGCAUAUAGAGUCCCAAGCGAUAUGCUGUGGGAAGUGGGACCAAAAGGACUUGCGUGGGAUCGAGAAUGGUGUCUGGUCCACGAGGGCACCAACGUUGCACUGAGUCAGAAGCGCUUCCCCAGGAUGGCACUCAUUUGGCCCGAGAUUGACGUGGAAAGGAACGUCCUUCGGGUUUCGUUCGUACCAGGGUCUUCGCAAAACAAAAGAACGCUUGUCCUCGGUUUGGACUCACACGCCAUACGCACCGACACGAUUACCAAAUGUGAACGCACAACCAAUAGAUCAUCCAAUGUAUGUGGCGAAAAUAUCCAAGUCCAUGUCUAUACUUCUCCCGAAGUAGUGGACUUUUUCACCGAAGCGUUAGGGGUUCCUUGUACGCUCGCGAGGUUUCCUAACGACGGUACCAUCAGGCAGGCUAAAGUGCGAGUGCCUGGGUUGCAGCAGGGCAAACAAGCCACCGAGGUCGGAAAAUCAAUCGCCUUGUCCAAUGAAAGCCCGAUCUUACUUGUUUCUCGGUCCAGUGUGAAUCGUCUGAAUGAGCACAUCAAGCAGAACGGUGGCAUAGGCAGGGCUGUCACCGCCGACUCUUUCCGCGCCAACGUCGUCAUUGCGGAGGACCUUGAACGAGGGCAAAUGGAGUCGCCAUACAUCGAGGAUGAGUGGGCAAGCGUCCAGAUUGGAGAUGACCGCGCAAAUGCCUUCGAAGUCCUGGGGCCAUGCCAACGAUGUCAAAUGGUUUGCGUAGAUCAGAAAAGCGCACAGAGGAGGCAAGAACCAUUCAGUACAUUGGCGAAGACAAGGCGCAAGGACGGCCGAGUGUGGUUUGGCGUACACAUGUGUUUGAAAGCUGGCCACCUGGCGGAUGAUUUCUCUCAUUGGCCGCCUGUUAGCAUCAAGGUUGGAGAUCGACUUACGCCAUGGACGGCAAGCUGA